AUGGAUGAGGCCAUAAAUAAAUUCACAGCGCGGCAGGAGGCGCUGUUAGAAGAGGAAGCAGAUGCAGAAAAGGGCGAACUUGAACAGCUACUGAAGACCCUAACAUUGGAUGAGUUGGCCGCUGCUGGCCUCGCAUUUCCCCGCUUAGUGGUGACAGAUGUUAGUUCAGGUCUUUUCGGGCGGACUAUCGUUACCUUCACUUCUAAGCGAGUGGCGCUGCAGCGCAUGCAUGGCAGCAACAAGCAGCAGCAGGAACAGCAGCAAGAGCGGGAGAAGCAACAGGGGGAGCAGCUUGAGCAUCGUCUAUCUCCUGGGGAUAUCGUUGGAGUGUUUCCCUUUGAACAACCGAUAUAUGGGAGCGAAAGUGCAGCAACUUCUGGUGUAGUACACCGCCUUGUGGUGGGCGGAGUUUGCGUUGCAUUCGAGGAAGAAAAGGAUUUAAAAUGGUUGUCUGAAGCUUCUGAAGGUGCUUUAGGGGAAGUUUUUAAUCUUUGUUUAAUAUCAAAUGCUGUUACCAUCGAAAGACAGCGCGAUGCGCUCGAGGGGCUCAGAGCGGCUUCACCCAGCACUAGCCCUGCUUGGAAUAUAAUUAAUGUUUCUUUCGGGGGUUCUUCUCCUCGUUUCUUGCCUUUAUCUCAGGCAGUACGAGCGGAGAGAAGGGGCCUUAAAGGAGCUCCCAGCGUGAAAGGGGUACAUGCAGCAGCAGCACCAGCAGCAGCAGCAGCAGAAGCAGCAGCAGAAGCAGCACAACGGCAGGAGCUGCUGCAUGACUGGAGAGAAGUGCAGAAGCAGCUAGAUCCAUCACGAGUGAAUACGGGGUGUAUAUGGAGGGAUUGGUUUCGAGGAGAUUUAACAGAAGAGCAGCAGAAGGCAGUUUAUCUCAGUUUGCUCUCUUUAGAUGUUGCAAUCAUUCAUGGGCCCCCAGGUACAGGAAAGACAACAACAGUAGUUGAAUUGCUGCUGCAGCUGCUGGCUGGAGGCUUCAGGGUAUUAGCCUGUGCCCCCAGCAAUAUAGCUGUAGACAACAUGCUAGAGAGGGUAUUAGCGGGAGUAAAGAAGAGUCAAGAUCCACUUCUUUUGAAACAAAUUAAGAAAUGCAUUCGAUUAGGGCAUCCUGCAAGAAUAGAUGAACAGCUUACUUCUUUCUGUCUUGAUAAACAUGCAGUCAACAGCGAUGCCUCUCUCGUAGCAAAGGGAGUUAAAGAAUCUAUAGAUAAAAGCAUGCGGCAGCUCCGAACCCUACAGAAAAACCCUGCUGCUGCUGCUGCUGCUGCACAGCGUCAGCAAAAGCAGCAAAACCAGCAGCAGCAGCAGCAGCAGCAGCACGGACGGGCGGAGGUAAAGAGCCAGGAACGCAAGCUGGUUCAGGAGAUGAGGAAGCUGAAAAAAGAUUUAAAAGAAUUGCAAAAAAAUGCUGUUGCUGAGGUUCUUAAAGAAGCCCCCAUCGUCUUCUCCACGUGCACUGGCGCGGGCUUCUAUCCACUGCAGGAGCUUGUUCUUGGCAGCAGCAGCAGCAGCAGCAGCAGCAGCAGCAGCGGCGAGCAGAGGCAGCCCUUUGAUGUUGUUGUUAUAGAUGAGGCUGCACAGGCGUUAGAGUGCUGCUGCUGGACGCCUCUGCUGCUGGGUAGGCGUUGUGUGCUGGCUGGAGACCACAUGCAGCUUCCUCCAACAGUAAAGAGUAUGAAAGCGCAGCGUGGCGGCCUCUCUGUGUCUCUGUUAGAGAGGCUAGCACAGCGGUGGGGUUGUUGUAUUACGCAGCAGCUGGUGCUGCAGUACCGCAUGCAUGAAGAUAUUAUGAAUUGGAGCAGCGCUCUCUUUUACAGCAAUACGCUGGUAGCAGCAGAAGCAAACAAACAUAAAACUCUUAAAGAUGUCUACUCUGCUGCUGCUGCUGCAGAUGAAUUGCUGCCUCCCAUUGUGUGGAUUGACACUGCGGGGAUUUGCUGGAUGCAGGAAGACGAGCUGCCGCAGGACAAUCCUGCUGCUGCUGCUGCUGAUGCUGCUGCUUCUGCUGCUGCUUGUGGGGUGUUGAGGCCCUCGCGUACAAACCGAGGAGAAGCAGCUCUUGCAUGCAAAUAUGUUUCUCAGUUGGUUUAUGACUAUGGCGUGCAUGCAGCAGAAGUUGGAAUCAUUACUCCUUAUAAUGCGCAGGCUAAGCUUAUCCGCAGCCUGCUUCAGGACGCAGCAGAAGAAGCAGCAGCAGCAGCAGCAGCAAAACCAGCAGCAGCAGAUGGUAGUGAUGCAGGAGACUUGAGGGCUGUCGCUGUACAGACAGUAGACGGCUUUCAAGGAAGAGAAAAAGAAGUUAUUAUUAUUUCUCUCGUCCGCAGCAACAUUAAAAAAGAAAUUGGCUUUCUAGCAGACUCAAGACGAUUAAAUGUUGGGGUAACGAGAGCAAAGACGCACCUCGUUAUCAUCGGCAACAGCGAAACCGUCACCGCUACAAGCAAACAAAACUCCAGCAGCAGCAGCAGCAGCAGCAGCAGCAGCGAAAACAGCAGCAGCAGCAGCAGCAGCAGCAAGGAAAGCAGUAGCAGCAGCAGCAGCAGGGAGGAGGGUGAGGGGGUUAGGGUUCCUGAUGCGCGAGAGGCGUUGAAGGUUUUAUAUUCUAUGGCGUCUUCAACUGGCUGUCUUCGCGUGCCCUGUGAAUUUAUUUCUAUAACAGAUAUACCCCCUUUAACAGGUAAUGCAGCAGCAGCAGCGGGAGGCUGGACAGCUCGGCAGCAGCAGCAGAAGCCCACACAAACCAGCAGCAAAAGCAGCAGCAGCAGCAGCAGCAAAAACAAAAGCAGAAAAAACAAAAAAGGAUCUGCAGCGGACGCUGCUAAAGAAGUGCCUUUCAUUACACAAAAAGAAGGCACCCGGGCCUCAACGGAAACAGCAGCAACUGCAGCCGCAGCAGCAGCACCAACAGCAGCAGCAGCGGGUGAUGCUUCAUCAGCAGCAGCAGCUUCACCUGCAGCAGCAGGAGUUCCUUCUACUGAGGUGCGUUCAGAACGGCCUAAAUCUCCGAGUGGGUGGUUGCAGCAACCAAAGCAGCAGCAACAGCAGCAGCAACAGCAGCAGCAACAGCAGCAAGAGCAGCAGCAAAGCGAAGGGGGGGAAGGAUCGCCUAAGAAGGCGACGUACACAGAAGAGGUCUCUAGUGGAGCUGUUUCUGCUGCAGCAGCAGAAACAGCAGAGACGCCAGCAGCAGCACAGAAGGAAACCUCGGCGAAGCCAGGUGAAGCAGGAAAAACAGCUGCAGCAGCAGAUGCUGCAGCAGCAGAUGCUGCAGCAGCAGAUGCUGCAGCAGCAGAUGCUGCAGCAGCAGAAGGAACGGAAAAACGAGAGGAUGGACUUCUUGGGGCUUCAGAGGCGAAUACAGCGCAGCAACCGCAAGCAGCAACUGAAAGGAAGCCAGCAGCAGCAGCAGCAGCAGCAGCUAGAGCAGCAGCAGGAGCAGCCGUAGGAGGGGCGGGAGCGGCAGCAUCAGGAGGAGCAGCACCAGCAACAGCAAAAACAACAAAUAGACAGCCAGCUGCAGCAAGACAAACGAAAAACAACAAAAUAUAUGCGAAGAAAGAUAUAUGGGUCUCGAAGAAGAAAGGAGAUUUGCUGCCUGCGUCCUCGCAGCAAACCGCAGCAGCAGCAGCAGGAACAGCAGCAGGAGCAGCAGCAGGAGAGCGACAGCGAGGCAGGAAGGCGUUGAAGGCAGAAGAGAUGGACGAAGAAGAUAUUGACGCUGUGCUGCAGGAGUUUAAAGCAGCAGCAAACUACUGCUCUCUCAAAACGUGCAAAGAGAAAGCAUGGGUCUUAGGGGGGAUUCGCUUUGUGCGUGGUCUAACCGGAGCAGCAACAGAAGCAACAGCAGCAGCAAGAACAGCAGCAGCAGCAAAAGCAGAAGCAGCACCAAGAGGGAGCUGCAGUUAUCCGACUGUUGCCCUCGGGGACGUCUAA